AAACUUCACCUCCCUUCCUCCCUCUCAGACACACAAUCCAAAAAAAAAGCCCACAAUUUGUGAAUCAAUCUAAAACAAUUCCAAUCUCUCUUUUUCUUGGAUUUCAAAAAAUCAAAAAGUAGUCUUAGUAUCAUCUGACAAAUACCAAAUUUUAUUAUUAUUAUCACCUCAAAAUCAAAUAAAAAGAUUUAAGAAAAGACAACAUGAAAGAAGCAAUUAGAGAGAGAAACACUGCAAUAGUAUCACUUGUUCAAUCAUUAAAUCAAACCUUAAAACAAUCUUCUCACCAUUAUUUUUUGUUACUACUUUAUCAUCAUUUUCAACAACACAAAAAACAACAAUCUUUAUUAUUAAUCUUUAUUAUUAAUUGCUCUUUUAUUCUCUCAUCAAAUCUAAAUCUUACCCUCACAUCAAAAUCACAACACUCACCACAAACAAAAACAUCAUCACCACCAUUGAUUCUUCUCCUGGAGAGAGAGACUUUACCUAAAAAUUCUUCUCUUAGAGAGAGAAAGCUUGAAGCUUUAUCCAUGAAUCAAUCUGUCAAGUUUUAUUUUUUGGGAUUUCGUUGAGUUUAAAUUUGUGGGUUUGGAUCUAUUCAUUGAUUUCUGAAGUGGGUUUGUUUUAAAAGUUGGUAUUUCUGUUAAAGUUGGAAGCUUUUUGGUGAUCUUGACUAAUGGAGGAAGCUGGUGGUGGUGGUGGUGUGGAGGUGGAAGCGAAGAAGAAGACACCAGGAGAAGGAGAAGGAGAAAGUAAGUCUAAGAGGAAAAUGAAAUCUGCUUCCCAGCUUGAGAUUUUGGAGAAAACUUAUUCAGUGGAUACAUACCCAUCAGAAGCAGCAAGGGCUGAGCUUUCAGUGCAAUUAGGACUGUCCGACCGGCAGUUGCAGAUGUGGUUCUGCCAUAGGCGUUUGAAGGACAGGAAGGCACCUUUGGUGAAGCGCCCACGUAAGGAGUCACCAUCACCAGCAGGGAUGCCAGGUGGAGGGGAAAUGGGAGUGGUGGCUGAGGUGGGAAAUGAACACGGGUCAGGGUCAAGUCCAUUUGUGCUUGGUGUGGAUCCACGGCGAGCAGUUGGAAGGCCCACUGGGGUGGCUGUUCCAAGAAUUAGUGCUGAUGUGCAAGCAAUGAAGAGGUAUUAUGAGCCACAGCAGUCUAUUGCGGAGCUUAGAGCGGUAGCAUUUGUGGAAGCACAGUUGGGGGAGCCUCUGAGAGAGGAUGGUCCGAUUCUUGGGAUGGAGUUUGACCCCUUGCCACCGGAUGCAUUUGGUGCACCUAUAGGUACUGUUGGAUCAGCAACAACAGGGCAGCAGAAACAAUCUGUAAGGAUUGAGGCCAACCUAUAUGAGCGGCCUGAUGUAAAACCCAUCAAGAGUACUACAAGGACUCUGCAUGAAUACCAAUUCCUUCCACAGCAGCCAACUGUUAGAGCGGAGGCAUAUGAAAGAGCUGCCCCUUCAUGCCAGUAUGGCUCACCUGCUGAUGUUCAUAAUGUGAAGACUGAAUCAAUAUCUGCCACCCUACCAUUCAUGCAUGCAAACAAACAAGUGUCCUCUGGAUAUGAUUUAUCAAAUCAAGUGCCCAGUCUAAGUCUUAUGCCUCAAGAAAGCAGGCAGGGCCAUCUCUUGCCAUCUACUACAGGAGAGUACGAAACUGUAAUACAAAAAUGCUCGUUUACAAAUAUUGGUAUGGAUGCACAAUCUGGUGCUCACCUGGUUACUGCAUUGGACAAUCCUUAUAUGUCAUCUGACAGGAGAGUAACCCAUGACGAGGAUGCUUUGCGAAUGCAGAGGAAACGCAAGAGUGAGGAGGCAAGAAUAGCACGCGAAGUUGAAGCCCAUGAAAAAAGGAUUCGAAAAGAGCUCGAAAAGCAAGAUAUUCUAAGGCGAAAGAGAGAGGAGCAAAUGAGGAAAGAAAUGGAAAAGCAUGACCGUGAGAGGCGGAAGGAAGAAGAGAGGUUAUUGCGUGAAAAGCAGCGAGAGGUGGAGAGAUACCAGAGGGAGCAAAAGCGUGAACUGGAGCGCAGGGAAAAGUUCUUGCAGAAGGAGUCUAUCAGAGUUGAGAAAAUGAGACAAAAAGAAGAACUGCGUAGAGAAAAGGAGGCAGCAAGGCAAAAAGCUGCUACUGAGAGGGCAAUUGCACGGAGGAUGGCAAAAGAGUCAAUGGAGCUUAUUGAUGAUGAACGCUUGGAACUCAUGGAGAUGGCUGCCUCCAGCAAGGGAUUGCCUUCGAUUAUUCCUCUGGACUUUGAAACUUUGCAAAAUCUAGAUUUAUUUCGAGAUAAGCUGACUGAGUUCCCUCCCAAAUCUGUGCUAUUAAAGAGGCCUUUUCUUAUUCAACCUUGGAAUGAUUCUGAGGAGAAUGUAGGAAAUCUUCUUAUGGUUUGGAGGUUCUUAAUCACAUUUGCGGAUGUUCUUGGGAUAUGGCCAUUCACUUUGGAUGAGUUUGUCCAAGCUUUUCAUGAUUAUGAUUCAAGGCUAUUGAGUGAAGUACAUGUUGCCCUAUUAAAAUCCAUCAUUAAAGACAUUGAAGAUGUUGCUAGGACACCUGCAACUGGGUUGGGGCCAAAUCAAAACGGUGCAGCUAAUCCUGGUGGUGGACAUCCUCAGAUUGUCGAAGGGGCGUAUGCGUGGGGUUUUGAUUUACGUAGCUGGCAGCGACACUUAAAUCCAUUAACUUGGCCUGAAAUAUUGCGGCAAUUCGGUCUUUCUGCAGGUUUUGGGCCACAAAUGAAGAAAAGGAAUGUUGAUCAGGCUUAUCUCCGAGAUGAUAAUGAGGGUAAUGAUGGUGAAGAUGUAAUUACUAAUUUACGGAAUGGAGCAGCCGUUGAAAAUGCUGUUUCCAUUAUGCAAGAAAGGGGAUUUUCUAAUCCACGCAGAUCUAGGCAUCGCUUAACUCCUGGUACUGUUAAAUUUGCAGCAUUUCAUGUUCUCUCUCUUGAGGGGAGCAAGGGUUUGACGAUAUUAGAAGUAGCAGACAAGAUUCAGAAAUCUGGGCUGAGGGAUCUUACAACAAGCAAGACACCUGAAGCGUCAAUUGCUGCUGCUUUGUCAAGGGAUUCUAAACUUUUUGAGAGGACGGCUCCUUCAACAUAUUGUAUACGUCCUGCAUACAGGAAGGACCCAGCUGAUACUGAUACAGUACUUUCUGCUGCCAGAGAAAGAAUUAGGACAUUUAAAAGUGGUAUUGUAGACGGAGAAGAUGCUGAUGAUGCUGAAAGAGAUGAAGAUUCUGAAAGUGAUGUGGCAGAGGAUCAUGAGAUUGAUGAUUUAGGUACUGGAUUGAAUUCUAAGAAAGUGGCUCAUGAUUCUCCUGAAACUAAUGAAUUUAAUGGGAAAACAGUCUUGGGGAAUGGAAAGGAGAGUGGUGGUCUCAAAACUCCACAAGUCCGCCUUGAGAAAGUCAGAGCGGGUUUGACUUCCCUACAUUCUGAAGGCACUAAUGAGUUAAAGGGUGCUGGUUCUUCAAUAGAUGAAUCUGUAGAUGUUGCUGAAAUCCACACCAUUCCUGAUCAAGAUGUAGAUAUUGAUGAAAACAACCUGGGUGAGCCAUGGGUUCAAGGACUUGUAGAAGGGGAAUACUCUGAUCUGAGUGUUGAGGAGCGUCUAAAUGCGCUUGUUGCAUUGAUUGGUGUGGCAAUUGAAGGAAACUCCAUCCGUGUUGCCCUUGAGGAACGCUUAGAAGCAGCAAAUGCUCUAAAGAAGCAAAUGUGGGCAGAAGCACAACUUGAUAAACGUCGUAUGAAGGAAGAGUUUGUCACGAGGACACAAUAUUCAUCAUUUACAGGGAACAAGAUGGAACCUAACCAAACAAUUUCUGCCACAGAGGGUAGACAAAGCCCAAUGGUAAGUGUUGAUGACAGAAAUAACGGGAUGCCUGUGAAUGUAUCUGUUCAGCAAGAACAGUUAAGUGACCAGCAGAGUGACAUGAAUUAUCUAAAUAAUAUGCCAUUUGAAGGAAACAUGCAAAUGCAAGAUUUAUCUGCCGGUCCAGAUAAUCUGACAUAUCAGCAAGCAGGACAUAUUGCUGAAAAAUCACGUUCACAGUUAAAAUCUGUUAUUGGUCACAGGGCAGAAGAGAUGUAUGUAUAUAGAUCAUUGCCCCUUGGUCAGGAUCGCAGGCGUAAUCGAUACUGGCAGUUCACCACAUCUGCUUCCCGCAAUGAUCCUGGCUGUGGCAGGAUCUUCGUUGAGUUACAUGAUGGUCGCUGGAGGCUUAUUGAUUAUGAAGAGGGUUUUGAUACUCUGCUGUCAUCUUUGGAUGUACGUGGGGUUAGGGAAUCCCAUUUGCAUGCAAUGCUGCAAAAGAUUGAGGUGCCUUUCAAGGAAACUAUGAGGAGGAGAAUGCUACGUGCUAACACCGAAGGACAAAGCAAAGAUCCAAUCAAAGCUGAAGCUGUUGAAAUGACUGCUGGCCCUGAAUCUGGCACUGGUAUGGAUAGUCCACGCAGCACUGUGUGUGUUCCAGAUUCUGAUAUGUCUGAGACCUCAACAUCUUUCACAAUUGAGCUUGGAAGGAAUGAAAUUGAAAAAAAUCACACCUUGAAGAGAUUUCAAGAUUUUGAGAAGUGGAUGUGGAAAGAAUGCUUCAAGUCUUCAGUCUUGUGUGCCAUGAAGUAUGAGAAGAAAAGAUGCACGCAACUGCUUGGUGUUUGUGAUUACUGCCACGACACUUACUUUUUUGAAGACAACCAUUGUCCUUCUUGCCACAAGACGCACGCCUCUCAGACUGGCUUGAAUUUUUCUGAACAUGUGGCUCAUUGUGAAAGGAAGCUAAAGAUGGACCCUGACAGUGCUUUGUGUAGCUUAUCUUUUCCACCGAGGAUCAGAUUGUUAAAAUCGCUACUAGCUUUGAUAGAGGUUUCGGUUCUGCCAGAAGCUCUCCAACCUGUUUGGACCAAUGGCUACCGGAAAUCUUGGGGUAUGAAGCUGCAGUCCUCAUCAUGUGUUGACGACCUACUUCAGAUUCUGACACUGUUGGAGAUUGGCAUGAAGAGGGAUUAUUUGUCCUCAAACUAUGAAACCAGCAGUGAACUUUUGAGCUCAUCUGACCCAUCUGGAUGUGCUGCUCAUGAUUCUUUCAAUACAGGAACUGCUCCUGUUCUUCCAUGGUUACCACAAACAACAGCUGCUGUAGCUCUAAGGGUCAUUGAAUUUGAUGCAUCCAUCUCAUACAUGCUGCAUCAGAAACUGGAGUCUCAGAAGGACAGGAGCGCUGGGAACUUUAUUAAGCUGCCAUCCAAGUAUGCUGUCAUGAAGUACACCCCAGAUAAUGAAACUACAGAAAUCCAGCAUCAAGCUGGGUUACUCCAAGAAGAUGAUUGGGUUGAUGUAGGGAUUGGGUUAGCUGGGUUGGGCCGUGAACAAGGGAUCCGGGGCAGGGGUCGAGGUCGCACUCGUGGUGGGAGAUCACAAACAAGGAUUAUUGGUUCCAGAUCUGAAUCCAGCAAGAGAAGUGCUUCCAGAAGUAGUGACAGAUUAGAGAAGGUAUUGUCAUGGACGGGACGACCUCGUGGCCGUGGAGGACGUAAAAGUGGACGUCGCAGCAUUAGAAGUAGGCAAAAAGCAGUCAAGAAAGCGGCUGAGAUCAUUCCUGAGAGAAAGAUCCCCAAAAAAACUCUGUAUGAACAAUCGACAAGACGCAUGGGAAGGCAUGUCCGGAAUGGUGAUGAAACAAGGUUCCACACGGAGGAUGCUGAAAAUGCCAGCAGCUCUGAAAGAUCCGAGUACAAUGAUGAAAAUGAAAAUAUUCCUGCAUCAGGAGAUGAAUAUGAUGACCAGGUAGUGGAUGACUAUGCAGGUGGUUUUAAUGGCAAGUCUGAUGACUUGCUGGAGGGAAGUGAUUAUAAUAUUGACAGCAAUGAAGAAGAUGAUGAUGAUGAUGCCAUGAAUGAAGAUGAAGAUGAACAUGGGGACUUGGAUGUUGAGGAAUACAUCAACAGGGACUCCGAUGAGGAUGGAAUCAGGGAUGGAGUACAAAAUGGGGCCCAAGAUGGUACCGAAUCUUCAUCUUCAGAUUUCAGUGACUAGAGAAAUAACCUUAAAAGUGUAGAAUAUUGCUGAUGCAGGAGAAAUAGUCAAUUCCUUGAUUUGUAUUCUUUACUGAAAUCUGCUGCACACACUGUAAUUGAAGUUAAUGUAAUUAUAGAGGAAGCAGUAACUGUGCAUAGCUCAAAGCACCAUCACUGUACUGGAAAUCAAAAUAUCAAUGAUUUGUUCUUUGGUCUAAGAAA